UUAUGUUGGAUUCGGGUUGGAUGUGCCGUCGUCCUCUCCCUCCGCUUCCGCCGCCAUCGGCUCCCUCUCCAUUGCCCGCUGCAGUCAUCUUCUCCCUGCGCAAGCUUCUCGAGCAAUCCAUCACCACCGGCCGCAGCAUACCUUCGACGUCCUCGUCGCAGCCUAGCAGGAGCUCGAGCCCUUCGAUUCCCUCGUGGUGAGAAUACGCCGACGUCCGGUGGCUGGUCCAUUUUUAAGGGUUACGGCUUUGGGUUCGGUUUGCUAAGGAAGUGUUCGACUCGAUUGAGCAAUUGAACCGGACGGGAAACCGGUGCCCCCCCUGUGCAUACAAGAGAGAGACAGACAGACAGAUAGCCUAAAAACAAACCCUAGCUUGGAGCAGCCGGCCCGAACUCCCGUUCCCUUCCUCUAUCUUCUUCGCCUCUCCGUUUUCCUCAUCCGCCGUCUCCCUUCCUUAUCGAUGGCGAUUGCAGCCGCCGACGAAACGGGUCGCAGCAGGGCGUACCGCCUAGUGGCGGCGAAGGGCGAGGACUAGCGGCACGAUCCCUACUCCCUCUUGGGAUCGAGAAACAUAGGCGUAUUUUGGACAUCUGAUGAUGCCAACAGACAUUCAAGGUUAGGGCUGUUAGGGGAAGCUCCAUCCUUUCAAGCUAACAGUGGACUAAAAGAUUGGAACACAACUGGAUCAAGUUUGAUCAAAUCAGUCUCGUUGCUUCAUAUUUGGCCUUCGGAUCUUCUUUUCUGGUGGAGUUCGAACAUCAAUUUUUUAUUCUCAUUGAUCCAAAACAAUGAGAAAACUUUUAUCUACUUGGCACUACAUUCGAGCACCGAUGUAAUGGGCCACUUUUGGACGACCUCCUAACCCUCAUUUUGCAAUUUGAGACAUCUAAGUGGUGAAGAUGCAAGAUUCACGGAUGACUCCACCAGAAGACGCGAUCAACGUUAAACCACAAAAGAAGAAACCAUCGAAAUGGAUGUCUACUGCAGUUCAGAUCAAAGAAGAGUGCUGGGGGAAAAGAAGCUUCCCAUCUGUCCAGCAAGCCACAAAAUGGAUCCAAGAGAGGCCUGUAAAGUGAGUCUUUCCACCAUAUCCGACAGACAGACAGACAGGUCAACUCCUGAUUCUUUGUGUGAUUCCUCAGGAUCCAGUGAUUACUACAGGGCACUAGGGCGCAAAUACGUAUUGCUGGAGGAAGAAAGCUUGAUGCAGAGGUAAACUCUGGAAGAUGAGAAGUUUGCUCUGUUGGAUCAGCUCGUUGUCUUGGAAGGUCUUCUUGAUCCUUCAUCAUGUAGGGGGUUUGUGAAGAGAACACGACCCGACAGGGAGUUUUGUAUGUUCUUAAAAGCCCAAGCUACGAUCUGAAUUGAUGUA